GGUCUCUCUGUCUCUUUGCAUGGUUUUGUAUCAGUCUUGUGUUUGGGUUUUGGUGGUGUGUCUUGUUUUGCUCUAUUCCUUUCUUCCUUCCAUGGGGUUUCGUCGAUUAAUCUUUCUUUUUUGCUACUAUUGCUAUUCUUCUGCUUUAUCUGUACGAACCAACAAUCUGGGAAUGAAUAUCUUCAAUCACUAUCAUUAUCACUAGAAAGAAAGUAUUUUUAUUAUUAUUAUUAUACAAUUCACUCACUCACUCAAUCGCCUUUGCACGCCAGCCACAAUGCCAUUUCUUGAUUCCAUUCUUCCCUAAUUCUGCAGCGAUCAUCAAUGUCUGGAGAUUAGGAGAGUGAUGUACUCUGAUUUGAGAAGAAGAAGACAGAAAGAAACAUGGAGGCCAUGAAUCAUCAUCAUCAUCAACAACAACAGCAGCAGCAGUCUCUGGAGAGAGUGGUGUCCCAGAAAGCUUUAGUGCUCAGCAAUUCAUUUCCGUGCCAGAUAUGUGUGGUGGGAUUCUUGUGUGGGAUUUGUCUCACCUCUCUCUUUCUGGCUGCCCUCACUUCCUUUGGUGCUGCCUCCUCUGCCCUCACUUCAUUCUCACCUUCAUCUUCAUCUUCAUCUUCAUCAUCAAUUGGGAUCUCCACUGGUGGAGACUGCAAAAGCUUAUUACUUAGAGAAAGAAUAAUGUAUUCUGAGAAAAACAUAAGCGCAACCGACGAGAAGAUCUCAUCACUAUACGACGCAUGGAGCAAUUUACUCAACAACUCUUCCGCAGAUGAGAAAAUCAAACUCGGAAAAUCUGAUGUACCCAAAGCCCCUCACUUGAAGAACUGCAAGGCGAGCGUUACAAUAAAUUGUCGUCUUGAUACACGUCUUGGGAACCAAAGCUUCCCUCCAUGGACGAUCUGGAAAGGAUCGUUGGACGAAGUUACAGUGUCAGCUACCAAUGAGCAGCUCAAAAAUUACCGGGAUCAUAUAAUAUCCGAGGGAGGUUAUCCUCCUUGGGUAAGAGGCUCGGAUGAAGAGAACUAUCCGUUGACAAGGAAAGUGCAAAGGGACCUAUGGCUUCAUCAGCAUCCCGAUGACUGCAGUGAUCCAACCGUAAAGUUUCUAGUCGCGGACUGGGAAAGAUUGCCCGGAUUUGGCAUCGGGGCACAGCUUGCGGGAAUGUGUGGUCUGUUUGCGAUUGCAGUGAACGAGAAGAGGGUCCUCAUUACAAACUACUAUAAUAGAGCCGACCACAACGGGUGUAAAGGUUCGUCGCGAUCGAGCUGGUCAUGUUAUUUCUUUCCCGAAACCUCCGAGGAGUGCCGGAGAAGAGCGUUCGAGCUGAUGGGAGAUAAACGGGCUUGGGAAACAGGCGUUAUUACCUUCAAGGAAAAUUACACGACGAAAGAAAUAUGGACGGGAGGGACACCGAGGGUGUGGGGCAACCCUUGGUCGAUUAUACAGCCGACGACAGAGAUAAACGGGAGAUUGGUUGUUCAUCAUCGGAAAAUGGAUCGUAGGUGGUGGCGAGCUCAGGCAAUUCGGUACCUUAUGAGGUUCGAAUCCGAGUACACUUGCAACUUGAUGAACAUUGCUCGCCAUUCUGCAUUUGGACGGGAAGCUGCAGAAAUGGUUCUGGUGUCAUCAUCGUCGUCAUCAGCUGAUGAACACAAUGAGGACGAUAAGGUAUUGGAUGUAAAAAGAGUUGUUUGGUCGAAUCACGAGCCAUGGAUUCCUCGUCCAUUGUUGAGCAUCCAUGUUCGGAUGGGGGACAAAGCAUGUGAAAUGAAGGUUGUUGGAUUCGAGCAAUACAUGCGCUUGGCGACAAAGAUCAGGAAGCAGUUCCCACAUCUUAAUCACAUCUGGCUUUCCACUGAAAUGCAGGAAGUGAUCGACAAAUCAAAAUCCAAAUCCUUCAAGCACUGGAAAUUCUACUACACAAAUGUUACGCGCCAGACAGGGAACAUAACAAUGGCAACUUACGAAGCGAGUCUUGGGAGGGAGACUAGCACCAACUAUCCUAUAGUGAACUUUCUAAUGGCUGCCGAAGCAGACUUCUUUGUCGGGGCAUUAGGGUCAACAUGGUGCUUCCUCAUAGACGGAAUGAGGAAUACCGGAGGAAAAGUUAUGUCGGCAUACUUGAGUGUCAACAAGGAUAGAUUUUGGUAGACAAACACUCUUAAGAGGCUAUACUUUAGUUGGCUAUAUAUCAGAUGACAUAUACAUAAAUAAAGUGCAUGUCUCUGUUUGGACCAACCAUUCCUCCUAAGUUAUUUUACAAAUUUACAUAAUUUUUUUCACAGGAGUAAAACCAAAAUAAUAUAUAUAUAUAUAUAUAUAUUCUCAGACAACUACAAGAGGAAACUUUUCGAGUGUUCAAACAAAAUGUAUGCGAUGCAUAGAAGGUAGUAGUUUUCACCAGACUAAACCAAUCCCACCAUGAAAAAAUAAAUGUACUAGGAAGCACCAUUGCUGCCACUAGAAAAGUGUCUCCAAAAAAGAAAUAAUUAACAAAAUGUUUUCUUACAAGCUAGACAACGGAAAUACAUCUGUUCCUGAUUAGCCUUCCAGUCGACAAGCUCCCCCAGUGCCAUUUUCUAAAUGCUCCCACCGGCAUCAAGAAAUUUGAGGUUCCUCUAGUCUGGCAAGAAUGC